CGUCACCCGACAACACGAGACCCUUUACAGAGCAGUGGGUUGGUCACUUGGGUAUCAACGCUUCGUAGGGCGUGGGGGGGGGACUCUUUUUGUGAUGUGCUGCGCUGUGUGAAUCCUGAGUUUCGACUCAUUCAAUACAUAAACAGGCCAACAACAACAACCAACCCGGACACGCAAAUACACAGUUCCUUGGGGACAAAGUAGAAAUCAGACUUUGACAACAAUAUACGUUCCCCGUCCGACAAUGGCCUGCCAGAAAGACUCUUCUUCGGCUUGUGAUACGUGCCCGAGUGACGGCCACCACAACGCCUCGGUGGGCGACAUUGAAGACUACAAAGUCGAGCUCGACUCGUUGCGAAAGCGUACGCUGGAACUCGAGCAGAAGCUUUCCGAGGUAGGACUCGCCGACACGACCAAAACCUCAUCGACGAGAUUCCGGUCGGCAAACUGGUUCAACGUCGACGAUGCCGAGAACCCUGAAAUGUCGGCCCUCUACGCCGAUCGGUAUCUCAACUUUGGCCUGACGCAGGAGGAACUCAUGUCCGGCAAGCCCAUCAUCGGUAUCGCUCAGUCUGGGUCAGACCUGGCACCUUGCAACAGGCACCAUCUGGAGCUCGCAAAGCGUGCGCGAGAAGGCAUCCGUACCGCCGGUGGUAUCGCUUUUGAAUUCCCCACGCAUCCAAUCCAGGAAAGCUCACGAAGACCAACCGCGACGCUGGAUCGCAACCUCGCGUACCUCGGACUGGUCGAAUUGUUACAUGCUUAUCCUCUCGACGGCGUGGUCCUCUUGACUGGUUGUGACAAGACCACGCCUGCCUUCCUGAUGGCCGCGGCCACCAUUAACAUUCCAGCCAUCUGUCUCAACGUUGGACCUAUGCUCAAUGGCCGCCUGUUUGGGUCGAGCGACAAGAUUGGGUCUGGAACGAUCCUGUGGAAAGCCAGAGACAUGCACGCGGCAGGUGAGAUUGAUGAUGACAGACUGGUAGAGAUGAUAGCGGCCGGCACUCCCUCCGUCGGCCACUGUAACACCAUGGGCACCGCCAGUACCAUGAACGCCCUGGCCGAGGCACUGGGCAUGGCUCUUCCCGGUUCCGCUGCCAUCCCGGCUCCGUACCGCGAGAGGACACAGUGCGCCUACAAGACCGGCCGACAGAUUGUCGAAAUGGUCCACGCGGACCGGAAACCCAGCGACAUCAUGACCAGGGAGGCCUUUGAGAACGCCAUCGUCGUCAACUCGGCGAUCGGAGGCAGCACGAACGCGCCGAUCCAUCUGAACGCCAUCGCCAAACACAUCGGUGUCCCGCUCGACCUGGACGACUGGGACCGCAUCGGUUUCGACAUUCCUCUGCUUCUGAACGUGCAGCCCGCCGGUGAGAUGUUGUGCGAAGAAUACUACAAGGCCGGAGGUCUCCCCGCCGUCAUGGCCGAGCUGUUGGACCAGGGUAAACUCCAGGCGAAGGUGGUGACGUGCAACGGCAAGACCGUGACGGACAACGUCGGCGGCAGACACUCCUGGGACCGACGGACGAUCAAGGCGUAUUCCGACCCGAUGAAGAAAGAGGCGGGCUUUCUCCAUAUGACGGGCAAUCUGUUCGAUUCGGCCAUCAUGAAGACUUCAGUCAUCUCGGACGAGUUCCGAAAGGGAUUCUUGGAGGACCCCAAAGACCCCAACGCGUUUACGUGCAAAGUGGCAGUGUUUGACGGAAGGGAAGAUUACGUCAAACGCAUCAACGAUCCAAAUGUGCCGGUCGACACGAGGACGAUCCUGGUCAUGAGAGGUGCAGGACCAGUGGGAUACCCUGGUGCAGCAGAGAUUGUCAACAUGCACGCGCCCGGUAAAGUCCUGAGACAGGGAGUCCAUUCCCUCCCUUGCAUCGGCGACGGCCGACAGAGUGGCACGUCCGGUUCCCCUUCGAUCUUGAACGCGAGCCCCGAGGCCGCCGCCGGUGGAAACCUGGCCCUCCUGAAGGACGGGGACAUGUUGAGGGUCGACCUCACCAAGAGGAAAGUGGAAUUGCUGGUGUCGGAAACAGAUCUAAAGAAACGACGGGAAGAUCUGGAGGCCCGGGGUGGGUACUCUUACCCGGAAAGCCACACUCCUUGGGAGGAUAUCUUCAGGAGGGAGACCGGACAGUUGAACGAGGGGAUGGUCCUGAAGGAGGCGGUCAAGUUUCAAAAGGUGGCUCAGAAAUGGCCUGCACCGAGACAUAAUCAUUAAAAGAAGUCAUUUCACCGAAGGG